AUGCGGUGGCUGUUGGUUGCGUUUCCCGUUCUCUUGUUCUCGAUCAACGAGUUCGAAGCCUUCGCCCAUGAGCGGAUCAUAGGAGGCCACGAUGCAGCUCCAGGAGAGUUUCCUUGGGUUGCAGCGAUUUGGGCGGAGGGUAUCUUCUUCUGUGGUGGAUCCUUGGUGUCGCCAUUAUACGUCUUGACCGCUGCCCAUUGCGUCCACCGGUUCAGUAAUUUUUACGUCAUCAUGGGGGCUCACGAGUUGUACGUCCGGUCUGAGGCGACGAGGCAAAGUAGAAACACGACAACGGUGAUCAUCCACGAGGAUUUCGAGCCAAAGAGUUACAAAAACGACAUCGCCCUGCUGCGUCUGAGUAUUCCAUUUUUUUUAACACCUUGGGUAAGAACAAUUCGGCUGCCGUCGGCCCUUCGCCGGAAGGACAAUACGCUCGACCUCGAAACAGCGACCCUUACCGGAUGGGGUUUGGAGCAAUAUGACGCUCCAGAACUCUCCACUGUACUUCAGAAAUUAGAUCUCAGGUUAAUUUCGAACGAGUAUUGUGCGCUGAUGUUCUCUCAACCCGAUGUCAUCGGAAACAUUCAACUUUGCGCAAACACGACGAAGGAUCGGUCGCCGUGUCGGGGUGACAGCGGCGGUGCUCUUACUGUGGUUGAACAUGACGGACGCAGAACUCAGAUUGGAAUUGAUUCGUUUAGUUCUGGUGCCUGUUCAGAAGGGUACCCGGAAGUGUUUUCAAGGGUGUCUUUCUUCGUGCCUUGGCUUCGUAGCAAAAUGGGCUUUUUAGCCAACUUCUUGUAGCAUAUGAAUCAUUAUUUAGUCAAAGUUUUAAAUAAUUGGUCAGAUGAAGAUCAGAGUGUCGAUUUGCGUGGUCACUUUUCAUAAAAAAUUAACCAGCUCUUCGCAUUUGUAAGGAUUUACAUUAAAAUCAUUCAAUUGGUUUAAUAAGGUCAUGGAAAGCUGUGAAUACAAAUGAUCCGUUGAAUUUAAGGUUGAACAAACGUUAAGAGUUUCUGAACGCUCUUAAAUUUAUUUUGUAAAGAUUCAUUAUUUUCAUUGAAAUUUUUCAAGCGGAUCCUAAAAGCUUUCGUUGCUUAAAUUUUCAGUAGGUUCAUUCAGGUUAUUGAAAUUUCUGAUUUUACACUCUGCAAUAGAGA